GACGCUAUGAAGUUCCACGGCGCGCAAGACGUACUCCUACUUUUUGCCUGUUUGCUUAUCGUCCAUGAAGCAGCGACCAGGCGCACAAAGUGCACAUAUCGUCAUGGCUGCCAGGCAAGUCUGCGGCUCAGCGCAGCAGCUGUGUGUCGUCAAUUCGCUGACACUGAGUCCUCAUGCAGGUCAUGCCACUGUCAGGCACCAUCUUCCCUUCGCUGUCGACAACUGUGCGCAUUCAGAAAACAAAUUGCAAUCUGUGCCAGAGAGUUUCUGUGUCCACCAACAACGACAGCAAUGACUGCAGCAACCACUGCAGCAGCAACCACUGCAACAACAUCCUCGACAACAUCAGUAACAUCUACAACGACUGCCAUGACGUGCGGAUCGUUUGAUGGGAUGUGUCUUGCUGAAUGUCCUGAUGGUACCGGUGAUGAGAACGGAAACAUAGACUGCUCUGAUGGACUAAACUGUUGUCUGAUUACUGCAAAGUAGAGGGCGAGAUCGUCAGAUGCAAGUACAUACAAUGAGCGCGACUGCCAGAAGAACAAUAAUACAAAUUGUCAUCUUGGCCCUUUUUUUAUUCUUAAUAAAAU